AUGUCUGAAAAAAUUCCAGAGUGUCCCACUACCCCUUCGUCGGGGCAUGCUUCGCAAUCUUCGUCUUAUGGGUGUAUCACGCCCCGGUCAGCGAAACAUUCUCGAGCCGUGUCCUUUGAGAUGGGGCCUAGCACCCCGGUGGGCCCACAGUGUGAGAGUCCAAAGUCGUACAAAAGACAUCAAAAGCAGCUUUUGGAUCAUUUCCCAUCAGAAUCCCGGGCGCAGACCCUUUUUCUACCAACGCCUCUGACGGUGGGCUCCGGACGGAAAUCGAAAUUCAAUCCUGGCCUUUGUGAGCCAUCCACGCGAUCAAAGUCAUUGACGGCGAGUCUACAUGCCCUUGCUGACGAACACACAGAAUCAAGACCUCGGAAGCUUGACCUACAAGUCGAGGACACUCUGCUAAGAGAGUGUGAUCUGCAGACUGAUGAGAGUUUAAACGCAGAAGCCAGGGAAACGCCAGAAAUAGAACACGCCUUAUCACCUCACGAUAGCACCAUCAACUACUUUUCUUCUGACCCCCUAACUCCCCCUACGGUAGCUAAUAUUCCGGAACCAAAAACUCCUUCUAAGUUCCAGCGCUGCUCGAUCGACGGUUUUUCCGACAGUGAGGAUGACAUUCAAAUUGUCAAGGUUUGCGACUUGGAUAGAAUUGCAAGAAAGAGACUAAAAAAUCCCUUCGUUGGUGAAGCUCCAGACCAUGAAUAUCGGAGCCCCAAGAAACAGGAAUUGGAUCUAUCGACGCAUAUGGAGCUUUUGAAUCAUCGUACUGGUGAGCGUCGCGUGGAAAAGUUGUCUGCUGAGCAACAACGCUUCAAGCCUCGUAAACUUGACUUUACGCUGGACGUAAAGAACCCAGUCAAGGAGAAUUACAAUAUCGCCAACAAGUACAUUGGGAACAGCAUUGGGAAGAGUUUUAUCAUGGGUGAACCGCAGUCAAAGUCGUCUCUUAGUUUUAAUAUUUUUGACGAUGACGCAGAUGAAGCAUGA